AACGAGCCAUUUCUCAACAUCCACGCAGCGGAUCGCGCCACGCAGCAGCUCGUCUCUCUCUCUCUCUUCUGGGGGCUUCUUACUACCUAACAUAGCACAUACAGUGGAUUUAACGCACAGAGGUGGCCACUUUGGAGACUUAAAAUCCCAUAAUGUGUUCUUACCGAUGGACUGGUUGUCGAACACGAAUGACAGAAGUGAUUUGCGCCCCUUUGGAUGAGUCUCCACUCCGAGAAAGCACUUUUUAUGAAUUCCACGCAGAGCUCACCGGCGGACGUCAUGUGCACAUUGGUGGGUUUUCCACUGCCGCUGUCUGAUUUUUUCUUUUGGAUUACACUGACGACUGGACGCGUUUAUUUUUAAAGAGUGUGCACUGGUUUCUGCAGGACUCCAUGCAGUCUCAAAGGCAGAGGAGUGAAGGGCGACCCCGAGCUGGAUGGAUGGUUAUGGGGGAAAGAGGCAGACACUCGGCGCUUGACGUGUGCAGAGUCCUCGCUGUCUUUCUCUCACUCUUUCCUUCAGUGAGUCUGCAGUGCAAGAUCCUAAAGUGCAACUCUGACUUUUGGGCCUCUACCUCCAACACGGGACCCGAGGAAGAGUUUUGCACAGCCCUGCGUGCCUACAACAGCUGCGUGCGACGCACCGCCCGUACCUGCAGGGGUGACUUGGCGUACCACUCGGCCCAGCAUGGCAUCGAGGAUCUCAUGAGCCAGCACAACUGCUCCAAGGAAGGACCCACAUCGCAACCCCGCGCUCGGACUCCGCUUCCCCCGCUGCUACCGCCUCUGCCGCCCGACAACCAGGAGCGCUCGGACGGCCCCGAAGUGUGUCACUACGAACGCAGCCUAAUGCGCAAUGCGGCACCGCCGAACUUCACACACUGUGGCUUUUUUGGAGACCCCCACCUGCGGACCUUUGGGGAUGACUUUCAGACGUGUAAGGUUGAGGGGGCCUGGCCGCUCAUUCACAACAAAUACCUGUCAGUACAGGUGACCAACACUCCGGUGGUGCAGGGCUCUUCAGCGACUGCAACAAGCAAGCUGACAAUCAUCUUUAAAAACUUCCAGGAAUGCGUGGACCAGAAGAUGUACCACGCAGAGACAGACGAACUCCCAGCAGCGUUCGCCGACGGCUCAAAGAACGGCGGUGAGCGUCACGGCGCCAACGCCCUGCGUGUGGUGGAGAAGGUCCCUGGACAGCACGUGGAAAUCCAGGCCCGCUACAUCGGAACCACAAUAGUGGUGCGCCAGGUGGGGCGUUACUUGACCUUCGCUGUGCGCAUGCCCGAGGAGGUGGUGAACUCGGUGGAGGAAGACGACAACCAGGACUUGUACCUGUGCCUCCACGGGUGCCCCGCCAACCAGCGCAUCAACUUCAAGAACGUCAGGGCCAACAACGUAGACCGGACCAGGGGCUUCACCUACCAGUCUGCAAAAGCUAAGUGCAAGGAGCGUCUUCCCGUGGAGGAUCUCUACUUUCAGUCCUGCGUCUUUGACCUGCUGUCCUCCGGGGACAUCAACUUCACCAUGGCCGCCUACUACGCCCUGGAGGACGUCAAGAUGCUGCACUCCAACAGCAAGCGGUAUCACAUCUUUGAUAAGGAUAUCUUCACGAGGAACGCCGCGCCGGGGAAGCAAGGCAAAGACGCGCCAUCGCUCUUCUUCUUCCUUGUUCCUUUCCUCUUGUGGAUUGGUCUAUAGCCACUUUAGGAGUGUGUGGUCUUGGAAGUGAGCGGCGCUUGUGUUCAUCUCACAGAGCUGGACACGCCCCCACCCGCCAUCACCAUGGGCUUUAGCUAUUCUUUGGAGAGAAAGUCCAACUGGGAUGAUAUCACUGGAGACAAAGAUGGAUUCAUCCUGUUCACUGCUUCAUGGCGGAGCUGACAGGAGGGGCUUUUGUUCGCUAAUGUUUCAUUAGUUUCCACAAUUGGGGGGGGGGGCUUCUUUUUUUGGAUGUCUCCAGUCUGCUGUGGAAAUGAUGACUGGGUCAUUUUUCUGGUGUGUGUGUGUGUGUGUGUGUGUGUGUGCGGGCAAGACCAUUAACUGUGGUUGUUUCAGUGUGUUUUGUGGGUGCAGGAGUCACCGUCACAUAAGUCAAAAAUAAGGACAAGCUCAGAUUUAAAAAAAAUAAAAAAUACUUAAGACGUUGAUUUUCAGAAGCAUUGUUGAUCAGUGUUUGUGUUCUAUUGUUUGUAAUGUGAAUGUAGAUAAGAGAGCCAUUGAACAACAGUUGACCAUACAAGGCACACUCUGAAAGGUUUACAUAAUGUAUGCUAAAUUAUGACAGUUCUAGUUUAUUUACAAUUCUUUAACAUACCGUCAUUUCUAUGAGCAUUUAGUUUACUCAACCACAGAAAGUGCCAGGCAUGUUGUUCUAUGAAUAAAUGUUCAAAAGAAGAUGAAAUGAUACAAAGCGCUGUGCAAAAGAGUUACGUUUGCCUCAAGAGAUGUAAUGAUGCGGCAUCCUCACGGUUUGGUACGUAUCUUGGUAUUAAAGCCACAGUUCGGCUCAUUUUUGGUACAGUAAGGUAACAAAAUGCUCACGGAAAAAUGCUUAGCUUUUGUGUUUGAAUGAUUUUAAAAAUGAAGCCUGAAAAUGUAUUUACAAUAUACUGACAGGUCAUUCUCAAAUUACAGUUGAUUUUAAUAUAAUAUGAAAAUGUUAAUUCAAUAAAAAAAAUUGCAAUUAAUAAAAUAGUAUAUUUAAAAAAAUUAUAAAAUAUAGUAAAAUGUAGUUCACAUUCAUUCGCACAACCCGGCUUGUGGGGGUGCGCUGUAAAACUGAAUGUACACUUCCUGUUAGUCGCUAGAAAUGUGUACAGAUUUGCGUGCCGAUUUGACCCAAAUACAUGGUGUUGUUGAUUUUAGUGUUUUCACAGCAAUCAUUGAGAUGAACAUCAGCUUUACAGAUGCCACAUCUGCCACUUCCAUCAAAAUGAUUCGCCCACGGGCCACUAUUAGAGGAAGUACGGCGUGUGUUAAAGACAACAAAAGAAUGAAGAUGUGAUUUCAUGGCCAAAGAACAAGCCAUUGUGCCAAGUGAACAUUUAGAGCUACACUGUAUAAAAGCAGCAUUUAUUUCUCAUUUCAGUUGCCAGAGGUUCUCUGGGUGUGCUGUGUGUGUGUGUGUGUGUGUGUGUGUGUUUGUGUGUUCAUUUUAACACUGAAGUAUUCGUCAGGCCUCACUGCCGCCCCCUCUGGUGCAGUAUGACAACAGGAGCAUCCAAGUGAUUGUAAUGUACAAUGUGGUGUUUAGUUUGUAGAUUGUAUUGACUUUUAGAGUGUGUAAUGUGAGACUGUACAUAUUAUGUGUGUGUGCGGUGUGUGUGUGUCAGUGAGUUGUUGUUUUGAAUAACAUUUACAGGUUUUUUGUGAAUGUGAAAUUGAAUUACUUUGCAAACGCAUGAACACCCCAGGAGAGAAUAUUCUCAAGUAGUAAACACAGCAGUAAUGUCCUUUUUUUUUUUGAAGAAGGGAAUGCGUUUUCAUGGGUGCUCAUGUUUGUUUUUGUCUAAAUUUAAAAGCACUUUAUGUUUUUUUCCUUUUUAAACCUUAGCUCUUGUGUUGUUGAAAUUGUCUCAUGCUUUCAAAAAUAACAGCAAAAAAGGAUCAAACUGCAUUUGUAUGUAAAAACAAAUCAGUUGCAACACACACCAGCUGUUUAUAAUGUAAAUUAUUUAUUGAAUAAAAGAAAGUGUCUUGUUAGUAAAGUGCAAGCUUGUUUGUUGAUUUGAAUGCAUCUUAAGUGCUCUACUGCCCCCUGGCGGACGUCAGACACUGACACAUACUACAUUCAUAUGAUUUUUGACACAGGUUCAUUUUGAAACAGUUUAUGCAUUUAUUGUGAACUAAUACCCUGCAGAUUGUUUUUAUUGUCCCUUCUGGUUGUAACACCUUUUGACUAAAGCUCAAUUUAGAUGAAUUUCUAGUUAUUUGCAGCUAA